AUGGCUGACCACAGGCGGCUGUUCCCGCUGGCGCCGCGGGCCGGGAUGCGGGUGGGCCGGAACUGCAGGCCCAGGUACAGAGAGAAUCUGCCCUCCAAGUGCUUCAUGGAGCACAAGGGCAGGCUGCCGGGUCCCACCUCCCUGGACAGCCGGCGGUGGAGAUUCGUGAGAACAGGACAGGAUGACUUCCGGAGAGGCUGCCCGCCUUGUGAAGCUCUGACCGCGCUGGGCCCCAGGGAGGGCUUUCUCCCCCAAAUUUAUCACACAGCUCCCCAACCUUCUCCUAAGAAGAGGCUGCCCAGGCACACAGCCCUGUGUUCCAAGCUCUCGCCGGCCCAGCAGGCAUGGAUGGCCUUCCUGACAGACACUGAGGCUCAGCUGACCCUGCACCCCUUGGCUCUUUAUCCGGACCUGGAAGAAGACAUGCCCGCCGAGCUCUUAUUAAAGGUGCUGGAAGUUCUGGAUCCUGACAAGAAGCUGGAAGACACAUGGGCUUAUUGUCAGGGCAUCAGGAAAAGAAUGAAAAAACCCACAAAACUUUUAAAAAAACGUUCAACCCAAGUCUACUUGGGACUUCCCAAGAAGACCCCUGUGUCACAUCCAUGCCAAUGGCUUUAUGAAAAAAGGAAGCCAAGUGAAACAGGUUCGCUCCAAAAGGAUGGUGUGCUUCUUCACAAAAACAUUCGCCAAGCAGUUAGUGACUUCUGCAACUGGGCUACUGCCUUUGGGAGCGUGAACAUUGAUGAGGAGUUUAUCCUGAGACAGUUUGACGUUAACUAUCAGAGCAAACCACGCUAUAAUGUGCUCCACACAAUGAGACCCAGCCAGGUUCCUCUGCAGCUAAAGAAAAUGAGUGGGCUAAAUAAACUGCAGGAACCACAGUUGUUCCAGAAGCUAGACUGUGAGCAGAGACUUUGGAAACCACAGAAACCUCAUAAACCAAAGUGGGUGAAGAUGAGAUAUGGAGCAUGGUAUCUGAACCCCAAGUUGUGGAAAAAGCAAAGAGCUGAUGAGCCUUUGGUUGACCCCAAGGUCUUACGUAAAGCUCAAGAUGAGAAUUUUAAAAAGGAGCUACAGAAGCAGGAGGAGUUACUUGCAGACCUUCAGGGAGCUGUUGCCUUUAAGGAUUUUAUCCUGAGCAGGGGCUACAGGAUGCCGAGUUUCCUUGAGAAGAUAUAUAUGAAGAAAGAAUAUAAAUGUGAGGGUAACCAGAGUCCUAUAAAAUAA